GCAACAGUCACAUGACCACCUCAGUGUUUCAGUGUAUUUGCUGUGUGAGCUGUCGUUGGGACUUAAUGUGUUUCGUAACGACUGGCUCUGUUUCCUGUGAUGCCUGGUUGUGUAAGCGGGCUUCAUGCCCUCCUGUGAUGAAAGCUGGAGUUGUGUUUGUACAGACCGAGUGGGGGUGGGUGGGUGCGUGCAGCAGUGUGGAAACAUGAAAGGCGUCAGAAAAGUGAAGAACAAGACGUGACGGCGCCGCCUUUAGAGCCAUGAAGUUUCAGCAGAAAUCGGCACCUCUGGUUCUGUAAGAUUCUCUUGUCACAUCAGCGCCAUGUUUCCUGUUUCCUCACUUCCUGUGGGUCAACAGCUGGUUUACUGUUGCCUGGGUGGAUCCGGGGGCAUUUCAUGGUCUGUGAGGGUGAGCAGGAGCUCUGAGGUUGUGGGCUGAAGCUGGAGUCAGAGAAACAAUUUUACAGGUUUGAUGAUCAAAUACAGCUCAGACAUCGUCACCUGAGAGCGCUCAUGUCUCCAAGACGCACACUUCCUCUUAUGUAGUCAUCUGACUCCUGUAAAUGGACAGGGGAGGAGCACAGAUCCAGCAGCUGAUGACCAAGAUGAGGAAAUCAGGAUCUUCUUCUCUCUGAGACGGAGGCGGGUUUAUCCCACCAGCACGCUGCACAUCGCCUGCUCCUGACCAGAUCAAAGAUGGAGUCUGAACCAGACCAGCCAGCUUUAUCAGCUCCAUCCGCAGAGGAUGAGCUCAGCAGGGUACGGUGCAGCUUUGUUUGGAGGGUUUCAAAAGAAAUCGUCACACAGCUCCUGGAGGCUCUGGUAACGGACCGUGUCCUGAAUGAUCUGGAGAAAGCAUCAAUAGUGGAGGGGAACUCGGUCACAGCAGAUAAGGCUCGUGACUUGAUUGACACAGUAAAGAAAAAAGGAGGAACUGCCUCCAGGAUAAUGAUCAGACAUCUUCAGACCAUAGAUCCGACUCUCUCCUCUGAGCUGCAUUUGUCUUUUGAGCCAUCUGCGCAGCCAGAGACUCUUCAGGCCUGUCACCUCAAACUCAAUUCAAACCUGAAACAGAAGUUCCAGUGUGUGUUUGAGGGGAUCCCUAAAGCAGGAAACCCAACCCUUUUGAAUGAGAUCUACACAGAGCUCUACAUCACAGAGGGAGAGACUGCAGAGGUCAAUGAUGAACAUGAGGUCAGACAGAUUGAAACAGCAUCCAGGAAACCAGACAGACCAGAAACUACAAUCAGACAAGAAGACAUCUUUAAACUCCCACCUGGAAGAAAAGCACCAGUAAGAACAGUUCUGACAAUGGGAGUGGCUGGCAUUGGGAAAACAGUCCUAACACAGAAGUUCACUCUGGACUGGGCUGAAGGCAAAGCCAACCAGGACAUCCAGUUCAUGUUUCCAUUCACUUUCAGAGAGCUGAAUGUGCUGAAAGAGGAAAAGUUCAGCUUGGUGGGACUUGUUCAUCACUUCUUUACUGAAACCAAAGAAGCAGGAAUCUGCAGCUUUGAAGACUUCCAGGUUGUGUUCAUCUUUGAUGGUCUGGAUGAGUGUCGACCUCCUCUGGACUUCCACAAAACUACAAUCCUGACUGACCCUAGAAAGUCCACCUCAGUGGAUGUGCUGCUGAUAAACCUCAUCAGGGGGAAACUGCUUCCCUCUGCUCGCCUCUGGAUAACCACACGACCUGCAGCAGCCAAUCAGAUCCCUCCUGACUGUGUUGGCUUGGUGACAGAGGUCAGAGGGUUCACUGACCCACAGAAGGAGGAGUACUUCAGGAAGAGAUUCAGAGAUGAGGAGCAGGCCAACAGGAUCAUCUCCCACAUCAAGACAUCACGAAGCAUCCACAUCAUGUGCCACAUCCCAGUCUUCUGCUGGAUCACUGCUACAGUUCUGGAGUUUGUCGUGAAGAACAAAGAGAGCGAAGAUCUGCCUAAGACUCUCACAGAGCUCUACCUACGCCUUGUGCUAUUUCACCUAAAAACAAAGAACAUCAAGUGUGAUAAAGCCACAGAUCCACACUGGAGUCCAGAGAGCAGGAAGAUGAUUGAGUCUCUGGGAAAACUGGCUUUUGAUCAGCUGCAGAAAGGAAACCUGAUCUUCUAUGAAUCAGACCUGACAGAGUGUGGCAUCGAUAUCAGAGCAGCCUCAGUGUACUCAGGAGUGUUCACACAGAUCUUUAAAGCUGAUGAGUAUGACAUGUUUUCAGAAACAGUCUACUGCUUUGUCCAUCUGAGCAUUCAGGAGUUUCUAGCUGCAGUCUACAUGUUCCACUGUUUCACCAACAGAAAGACAGACGUGCUGGAAGAGUUCCUGGGAAAAGACUGGGAACAUAAAACAGAGUGUCUGUUUCUCAAGAGAGUCAUGGAGAAAUCCCUCCAGAGUAAAAAUGGCCACCUGGACCUGUUUGUCCGCUUCCUUCAUGGCCUCUGUCUGGAGUCCAACCAGAGACUCUUAGGAGGUCUGCUGGGUCAGACAGAGAGCAGUCCAGGAACCAUCCAGAGAGUCAUUAAGAGUCUGAAGAAGAUGAACAGUGAUAAAAUCUCUCCUGACAGAAGCAUCAACAUCUUCCACUGUCUGAUGGAGAUGAACGACCUCUCAGUACAUCAGGAGAUCCAAGAGUUCCUGAAGUCAGAGAACAAAUCAAAGGGACUCUCUGAGAUCCACUGCUCAGCUCUGGCCUUCAUGCUGCAGAUGUCAGAGGACGUUCUGGAUGAGUUGGACCUAAAGAAGUACAACACAUCGGUGGAUGGACAACGCAGAUUAAUUCCAGCUGUGAGGAACUGCAGAAAGGCUCGGUUAAGGUGGUGUGGACUGUCAGAGUCUCACUUUCAAUGUGUGACCUCAGCUCUGAAAUCCAACACCUCCAGUCUGAUUCAGCUGGACCUGAGUGGAAACACCCUGGAUGGUUCAGAACUGAAACUUUUGUGUGCUGGACUGAAGAGUCCAAACUGUAAACUGGACGCUCUGAGACUAAGGUCCUGCAGUUUGUCAGAGAUCAGCUGUGUUCAUUUAGGUUCAGCUCUGAAAUCCAACCCCUCCCAUCUGAAACAUCUGGACCUGACUGGAAAUGAGCUGCAGGACUCAGGCGUGAAGCAGCUGUGCAGUUUUCUGGAGAGUCCACAUUGUACACUGGAGUAUCUGAGUUUAGAAGACUGUACAUUGUCAGAAAUCAGCUGUCUGGUCUCAGCACUGAAGUCCAACCCCUCCCAUCUAAAACAUCUGGACCUGAGCCGCAACAAGCUGCACGAUUCAGGAGUGAAUGCGGUGUGUGGUUUUCUGGAGAAUCCACAAUGUGGACUUAAAACUUUGGGGUCAGUCACCAUGUUCUAGUUGUGAGAAUCUGGAUAUAAUUCUGUUUUCUCCUUCUAUGGUUCAGUCAACUAGCUGAUGCAGAG